CUCUCUCUCUCUCUCGACCAGACUAGUCCCAUCCUCAUCUCAACUUUCAGAUUUUUGUACACAUUCCAAAAAAAAAAAAAAAGAAUAAAAAAACAUCUCCCUCUCUUCCCUCUCUCUCUCUCCCUUGUUCUUAGUUCUUUUGAUCAUUUAGAGCUGACAUAGAGAAAGAAAAAAAAAAAAAAAAAAAAAACAAGAAUUUUAUUAAAAGAGCUGUUUUUUUUUUAACAUAUUGUGUCGUGGAAGAGAAGGAUUAAGCAAUCUGAGAAGGAAAUGUCACUGGACAUGAUGGCAUCAGAACGUGUUUGUUAUGUUCACUGCAACUUCUGCAACACCAUUUUAGCGGUAAGUGUUCCAUGCAACAACAUGUUCACACUCGUGACUGUGAGAUGUGGCCAUUGCACCAAUCUGCUGUCCGUAAACAUGGGAGCUUCCCUUCAGGUUCUUCCUCCACAAGAGGUCAUUCCUCGUCAAAUCAAAAUAUCAGAGGGUCAUAAGCAGCCGCAACUAGCGAGCCCCGAGGAUUCAAGCAAGGACAGAGGCUCAUCUUCUUCAAAAUGCAGCAAAAUUGGGUCACUUGAAUCUGCUGAACGUGACCAACAUAGAAUCCCUCCAAUUCGCCCACCGGAGAAAAGACAGCGGAUUCCUUCUGCAUAUAACAGGUUCAUCAAAGCGGAAAUCCAAAGGAUUAAGGCUAACAACCCUGACAUAAGCCACAGAGAAGCCUUUAGCACAGCAGCUAAAAAUUGGGCACAUUUACCUCACAUCCACUUAGGGCAGAAGCUGGAUGGAAAUAAUAAGCAAAGUAAUUAAGUCCAUUUAAAUAUCCAAUGGGAUUCUGCCACCUGUUAAUUCUAGAGAUUAUGGUGUAUUAAUUGAUAAAAUUACUAAAUAAAAACACCCUUUUAAUUAGGCUUUUAAAUUUAUGUGUGUAUUUCAUUCCCAUCUCUUCUUGUUCCUUGAACACGUGGGAUUAACGGUAUUAUUAUA